UAAUGUAGUGCAGUUUUUCGCGGGGAUUCUCUCUCUCUCUGUCUCUGUCUCUGUCUAUACGUAUACUUAUCAGCUUUUGGAGUAUUACUCUCAGUUCUCUUUUUUACUCCUCCGGUUUUCAAGAAAACGUUACAUGCUCUAUUCCAAGAAGAUUUUCUUUUGGCUUUUGGAACUCUCAGCUAUACCUUUCUUUGCGUUUAAUAUCUGUCCUGGAAACUACAGCUGUGUAACUGCUUUUGUAACAAAUCUUUUGUGUCACUUCUUAGAAGGCUGAAGGGGAGCCUUGGAGCAAAGGAAUAUUACUUAGAUAACAAGGCAGGAGUAUGAGACUUUAUGCCAUGUGAAGUGAAAUCAAAUAAUGAGCCGGUGAAGCCUAUUUUGAGAAUGGGGCACAGACUAGAAACUACACGUCAUCAUGAAAGCUCCAGUGCUGGAGCUGAAGAAGAGAUCAAAUCAUCCCGAGCAAAUCGAAGUUCAAAGUCCAGAGACAAGUAUAAAGUCGAAAACACAGUCGAUAAACCAUACAUUAACAGGCAUCAUGACUCAAGCAAGACGGUCAAGCAAAAUGUUAUACAGUUGACCUGUUCCGACAAUUCGUUUGGGAGUAAGGAAAACAAAGAUGACGAGCUUGUCAAGUACAUGUCCAAUUUGCCAGGUUAUCUGCAGCAUGCAGAAAAGGGAAAGAAUAUUCAAGGGAAGGCUUUGAAUUUUGGAGUCCUUGAUUGGGAGCGUCUGGAGAAAUGGAAGUAUAAUGAACGUAUGCCUGCAAAGUGUCAUCGUAAAACGUUAUCAGUUAGUUCUCCAUUUGUUGCUGGAAGGCCUCCCACUGCAUAUGGCAUGCCUUCUCAGAGAAAGCAAAUGCCAUCACCGGGUGGUUCGUCUUCUGAACAAAAGUUUGCAGAACCUGUCCAGCGAUCCCAAUCAGAGUUUAUGCAGACCCAGGAUUUGCAAACUUCUCGGUGCCCAACAAAGCAUGGGAAGCAGAAACAAUGUCUUAGGAAGGAGAUACCAUCUCACAGGCGCAAUUCCGAGCUAAAUAUUGGUAAAUACAUGGGCAGUGAAGAUUUAUCCUCGGUACAGAUUAAGAAUGUCAACAUUCCCAAAAGAGAGAUCAAAUUCGACAACGAAGUCAAUCUUACUACCCAAAAUUGCACUGCUGAACCCAAGAAUAUCGUUCUAUUGGUUCCGAAACAUCGUUCAGAAACAAGUAUGGAGGACUCUCAAUUCUCAGAAUCCCGAAAAUCUUUUGAUGAGCAACCAGCUGAGGUGAUGAGGACCAGAUUUUCUGACUGUUCUUCUCUGGAGUCCUACUCUAGUGAACUGUGUGCUGUUCCGCAUUCGUGUCCUCUGCCCGCUAGCUCUGCAACGAAUACAGAGUCUCAUGUGAAGCAACACCAAUUGCCUAAUGCUCGAGGCAUAAAGUCAGAUUUAUGCUCAUCCCCAUGUCAAAAUGAGAGGAUAACUACACGCUCUUCAUUUGAUGCCAAAUAUCUGAAUCACCAUAAAUGUGAUGCAGAAUUGGGAGUCCCAGCUGAGACUUCACAGAGAAAGGAUUUGGACACUGCAGAGCAGCCAGUGGCAAAGGGAAGACAUCCGUCCCCUAAUAAGAGAUUUAGCUUCAGUCUUAGUCGAAUGAGCAGAAGUUUCAGUUUUAAGGAGACCUCGGCUGUUUCACCAUCGAAUAGUACAAAUAGCAUCCCGAAGUCUGGCCCCGUUGGAGCUUCUUCCAGUGUGAAUACCAGUAAUCUAGAGAAGCCAAAUGCUGGUGUCAGAGGGAGAUCUAGCCCUUUGAGAAGACUCCUAGACCCACUGCUGAGGCCUAAGGGGAUGCAUUCAGCUGAGACUUGUCCGCCUCCUAAUGGAAACUCAAAUGGCAAUACUUUGCCCACUAACCACAGUAAGCACGUUCGUAUGAAAAAGCAUCAGCCCUCAACUCUUCAGGCUCUUCUGCAGCUUACACUUAAGGAUGGAGUUCCAUUUUUUAAACUUGUGGUUGACGAUGAUGGUGGUAUUCUUGCUGCAGCUGUAAAGAAGUUACCAACAUAUGGGAAGGGUGGAAGUAGCUUGGUUUAUGCUUUCUAUGCAGUCCAUGAAAUUAAAAGGAAGAGUGGGGGUUGGAUGAGCCAGGGACCAAAAGAGAAAAGUGCUGGCUUUGGUUAUAAAGUGAUCGGUCAGAUGGAGAUUUCUAGUUCCAAAGUUCUGAAUUCAAGUAUAAAUGACCACAAAAACAUAUCUGUGCGAAGGGAAUCUGUCUUGUAUAGCAUUGAUUCUGGACGAGUGGACAAGCAAGUGCCUGAUUCUUCUCAAAAAAGAGAGCUGGCCGCCAUUGUCGUUAUGAACUCAAGUCAAAACCAAAUUGGUGCAGAUACACCAUUUGAUCAAUACAAACAAGGUAUGCAGCAUUUACCUGGAGAGACCUGUGAAGCAGGAGAAAGCAAGACAUGUGGUGACGUUGUAGUCAUUCUUCCUGGCGGUACACAUAGCUUGCCAAAUGAUGGAGCUCCUUCCUCAUUGCUUGAACGAUGGAGAUCUGGUGGAGUAUGUGAUUGCGGAGGGUGGGAUGUCGGUUGCAAGCUAAAAGUACUUGAACAGGACAAGAACUGCAGGAACCAAGAUUUUCUAAACCUUUUCAUUCAGGGAGGGGAUCAGAGGAGCAAGCCUAUCUUCAGCAUGGCACCACUCAAGAAUGGACUGUACUCUGUUGAAUUUGAUUCAUCGGUUCCUUUGUUAGAGGCAUUCUCCAUCUGUGUCUCGGCCCUGACUAGUCACAAACUAGCUGAUAUCUUCCAAAUUGGAUCUCUAGGACAGAAGGCGAUGAAGACUUCAACCACUGUCCAAGCACAAGUCCCUCAAAGAUAUGUGUCAUCUCCACCUCCGUCACCUGUUGGAAGGAUCUAGGUAUAUGAUGAAAAGGAAACUGAUGAAGCAAGAAUCACUUUAACCAGAUUAUUUUAGCUACUUGAUCAUAGCAUGUUCUCAACUGCAACUCACUGAGAAUCUGUGGUUCGAAUAAGUCAUCUUCUACCUCUCAUUUUGUACGUCUUUGAUCAGCUGUAAAUUCUCUCUUAUAUUUAGGAAAUAAUGUCAAUGCCGCAAGGUAUAGUAGAAUGAACUCGGUGGAAAAGGCUAUAGAGAAAGUAGAACUCUUUAAAUAUACAGUGUCUGGAUUCCGCUUCCUUUGUUUUUAUCAAAGGUAAUGUUGACAGUCUUACUGUUAUUGAGGUUUCUGAAACUCGUUAAACUAGAGAGAUUGCCUAUAUAUUAUGUUGAUGUUGCUGUG